CCCAGUCCAGGAACAGAAGCUUCAACUGAUUCCUGUGCCAUGAAGAACACUAUCUAAGUCUGCUUUUGGGAACUUCUACAGAGGAGUUUGACAUCGCUGGAUUUCACAGAAGGGAGCCAUACUACGAAGUAGACCCAGGACUCCACUGUGCUAAGCUUUGCACAAACGCUGAACAGAGGCAGUAGGUGAUUACAGAGGGAUGGUGACUAAAAGGUGGUUUUCCCACAUGAAUGGAAGAAAAGUAGACAGUUAAAAGAAGUGACUGCUGUGGAGGACAGCAUGACUACCAUGAAAGGAAGCUGCCUCUUCUCACUGCUGUUGGCAGGACUUGGAGUGUUAGGGAUACUGGAACCAACAACAACAGAAGAUAUGCACUGCCACAGAGCUGAGCACCCAAUUAUUGCAUACAAAGAAAUUGCCCCUUGGUUACACGUGUUCAAAGCAAAAGAUGCUGUGGACUUCUCACAGUUAACAUUUGACCCAGGACAAAAAGAGCUUAUUGCUGGAGCAAGAAACUACCUCUUCAGAUUGAACCUUGAGGAUCUCUCUCUAAUACAGGCAGUGGAGUGGCAAUGCGAUGAAGCUACUAAAAGAGCCUGUUACAGUAAAGGCAAAUCAAAGGAGGAAUGUCAGAACUACAUUCGAGUGCUUCUUGUGGGAGGCAAGCAUCUCUUCACCUGUGGAACCAAUGCAUUCACUCCAAUCUGCACCAAUCGAACGUUAACUAACUUGACGGAGAUACAUGACCAAAUCAGUGGCAUGGCUCGUUGUCCUUACAGUCCCCAGCACAACUCCACUGCUCUUCUCACUUCCAGUGGGGAAUUAUAUGCUGCUACGGCUAUGGAUUUUCCAGGAAGGGAUCCUGCUAUUUAUCGAAGUUUGGGGGCCCUUCCUCCUCUCCGCACCGCCCAGUACAACUCCAAGUGGCUGAAUGAGCCAAAUUUUGUAUCAUCUUAUGACAUUGGGAACUUUACUUACUUCUUCUUCCGGGAGAAUGCGGUGGAACAUGACUGUGGGAAAACGGUAUUCUCUCGUGCUGCUCGGGUGUGCAAAAAUGAUAUUGGUGGCAAAUUUGUGCUGGAGGAUACCUGGACUACCUUCAUGAAAGCUCGUCUGAACUGCUCUCGCCCUGGAGAAAUUCCAUUUUACUAUAAUGAACUUCAGAGCACUUUCUUCCUGCCGGAAUUGGACUUAAUCUAUGGAAUUUUUACCACUAAUGUGAACAGCAUAGCAGCAUCAGCAGUUUGUGUUUUCAAUCUGAGUGCCAUAACUCAGGCUUUUAAUGGACCCUUCAAAUACCAGGAAAAUUCACGAUCUGCUUGGCUUCCAUAUCCCAAUCCUAACCCUAAUUUUCAGUGUGGCACCAUGGACCAGGGUUUGUAUGCAAAUCUG